CCCGACGCCGGGUGGUUGUCGUCGCGCCUUCCGCUUUUUCUUUGUCCUCUGCGCCUUAAGCCGAUUUUAAACACAAGUCUCGUGAUACUUUUCACUCUGCUCUCUUUCACUCUGUUUUUGGUUGUUACUUGUCUGUUCUGUUGCUGCUAAUACUUCGACUUGUCUCAAAACACCACAUAGCACCGCUUCCAACAAUGCAGACCAACGUCUUCGUCAUCGGCGUCCUCGCCCUGCAAGGCGGCUUCAUCGAGCACGUCAACCUCGUCCGCAAGGCCGCCGAGUCGCUUACCAACAAGUCCGUUGAGAUCAAGGCAAUCGAGGUCCGAACAGUGGAACAACUUGAUUCCUGCGACGCUCUCAUCAUCCCCGGCGGCGAGAGCACAACCAUUUCCUUUGUCGCCGCGCAGUCUGGCCUUCUUGAGCCCCUCCGCGACUUUGUCAAGGUCCAAAAGAAGCCCGUCUGGGGUACAUGCGCCGGUCUCAUCCUGCUGUCCAACGAAGCAAACGCCACCAAGAAGGGCGGCCAGGAACUCAUCGGCGGCCUCGGCGUCCGCGUCCACCGAAACCACUUUGGCCGCCAAAUCGAAAGCUUCCAGGUCCCCCUCGACCUUCCCUUCCUCGGCCCCGACGCGCAGUUCCCCGGUGUCUUCAUCCGCGCCCCUGUUGUCGAAGAGGUCCUCGCUACUGAGGGCGUCACCGUCCUCGCCAAGCUGCCUGGUCGUGUCGACAAGGCCCAAUCUGGUGUCUCUCAGGCUACUGUCAAGGACAACUCUGGAGAUAUUAUUGCUGUUCGCCAAGGCAAUGUCAUGGGCACCAGCUUCCACCCCGAACUUACAACCGAUGCCCGUAUCCACGCUUGGUGGCUGGGCGAGGUCAUCGCCGCGAGAUCGGCAUAAGCCAAUUGACAUUGUGCACUCUCCUUUUACGAAAUACAUACAUUUGGAACAUUUGAACAGCAUGACGAGGAUAUAGAGGGAAGAAAAAAGUUAGACAAGACGGCAGGCGCAUACAUUCAUUCGGGUGUUUUAUUUUUGAUCAUUUACAAAGUUAAUAUUACAUGAUUGGUUUAGUCAACUAGACAUCAGCAUCAAGCAAUUUCACAGCAAACCAAUCCCUUAAGCAGUUGCAUACUUUUUCAAAAGACCAAUUAUCCUGGCAUCACCCAUGUCCUGUGCUACCUGCAUCGCUGUGCGUGACGUAAAAGCGUCUUUCACCUUGGUUGGAGCACCGUUUGAAAGGAGCACUUCGAUCAAGUCUACCUUGGAAUCGUGGUCCAUCUUUUUGCUUGUCAUUGCGCAUAUAAGAACCGGCUGGCCGACCAUGGUCUUUACUUUCGUCUUAGCCCCAUGGUUCACGAGAGCUCGUGCGAUAUCCAGGUUGCCCUUUUCGACUGCUACAGCAAGGCAGGGGACACCAUGCAUAUCUUGAGCAUUUGGAUUUGCGCCGCGCUCAAGGAAUCUGAAAACUAAGUCGACCUCAUUACGCGUAACAAGAAUAGCCAGCGCUUCGUUGCCUACAACAUCGCGGGCGGAUGUGGUUGCGCCACGCUGCAACAACAAGUCAAUCAUGGCGUGGUUACUGCGUAGGAUGGCGGUCGCCAACAUGUGCUGACCGGUAAUAUCGGUAGCAUUUGCGUUAGCACCAUGGUCAAGAAGUGUUGAUACAACAUCCAAUUUGUCGGCAUGAGCUGCAAGAACAAUCACGGGCUGCCCAGUGAUAUCCUCAGCAUUAGCAUCAGCUCCCAGCUCUAGCAAGUGCUUGAUACCUGCGUAGUUGCCCUUUCGGACGACAUCGACAAAAUAUGGCUUGCCCGUAAUAUCCGUCUCGUGUAGGUUUGCUCCGUAGUCCAAGAAUAUCUGAAUCAUUUGGAUCUUGCCCAGUUUGGCGGCCCCAAACACGGCUGGUCGUUUAUCAAUAACCAUGGGUGCGCCGGCAUCCACCAGCAGUUUCACCAUGACGGGAUUACCACACAUUACGGCUACCUUGAGAGGCUGGUCACCAUUUUCGUUGUAUCCGUUGAGUUUGGCCCCUUGUGAGAUGAAGAGCUUGGCUUGUUCGACAUCACCGCGCGCAAUUGCUUCACAGAGUGCUGGUACGAAUGGGUCUGGUUUAGAUUUCAUGGCGCUUGCAAUUGCGGCCAUGGACUUUUUGAUGCCAUCGAUGCUAAACCAGCCGCCACUCUGCGUCUCGUCAGCUGCUGCCCCUGCUGCGCUGGAACCCUCUCCCGCAUUAUCCUGACUGGGCGAGUAAGGUGGUGGAGCACCAUAAGUGGGAGGAAUUUCGUGAUCUUCGGCUGGUUGCUGCGAAUGUGCGGCCUCAGACGGAGGAUUCUUUUCUCUGAUUGGUAAAGAUAUAGUAGCAUCUCUGUCAAAGAUAUCUACUGCUUCGGAUGCUUCGUCACUGGCAUCAGUGGCUUGCGAGAUUCGUUCGUCGCCGACUGAACUUUGCAGAGCGUCGUUUUGUAGCGUUUCAUCUCCCCUAUAUUUGAUUAGAUAUAUGAUAACAAAAUUAGCAACAGAUAUACUUACUUGCGCAGAAGUUCGCCGUAAAAGUCAAACAAGCGCGAGUGUGUUGCUGUAAGUCGGCCGAGAUGCACCCAAAAUUCACCAGAUGCGUCAUCGACAUUGGUACCAUCCAGUCUUUGCAAUUGCUUCAGCAUUGGACCCAGGGCUAGCGAGCAUUCUGAUAAUGACUGAGAAAUCUGCGUAUGAAGUACUGCCGUGCACACUGCAUUCGUACCCGCCAGGUGGAUUUGGAUGUCGGCCACAUAUGCUGAGACUUUUUGCAGGCUCUGUAUCACUGACUGAAUCUGGAUUGUAUGCGCUUUGUUGAAUUGCGGUGAUGCCAUCAGAUUUUCCAGAGAAUUGACUGUUGAUGCGACAUUGCUGCGAAGCGAUGAAGCGAGUACUGGUACAGUUUGAGCCGUCAUGAUGGGACACAGGCGUUCAAAUACUGAACUAGCGAUGAUUGUGGG